UGUAUCUUGCAUUCCUGACCUAAAAUAUAUCUGCAUAAUACUGUAGUCAGCAUGUGAUACCCGAUGGCUGUGUCUUAAAAUCUUCACUUGCCUGUUUGCUUCUAGUGCAGCCCACUGCUUGGCGAGUCAAACUGAAUCCACUUGGUCGUUCACCGCCCAGCACGAACUCGCAAUGUCUCGACUCUCGACCCCGUUCUGCUCCAUGAUAUCCACUUCCUAGACAAUCCAGGGUCUCAGAUCCAAUAAUGCCCUCAGGGUCCAACCGGGGGCCGAAAAUUCAACAAGCCUUGAGCAAUGAGGGUCCCUGUCGAUCAACCCCUUUCUGCCCGCCUGUCCAAUGGUAAUUCGCCUCCCGCGAGAUUUGUUGAGAGUCAUUGAUAUCGUCGUCUUUUCUCGGAACGUUUUUCUUCUUCUUCGUUCCUUCUUCCUCCCAUCACUCCGCAGAGCCAUUGCCCACCAUGAUCACCACUGUCACCACCCGCACGCAGACUGAGGCGCCUACCAAGAGCCUGACCGCCGACCGCGUCUAUCCCGACAUCAACACGCUUCGCAAGGCCAUUCCCAAGAAGUGCUUUGAGUCGUCGGCGCUCAUCUCGCUCUCCUACCUGCUUCGAGAUGUGGUCAUGAUUUCGGCCCUCGGCUGGGCAGCCAUCACUUACAUCCCCGCCAUCCCCGACUUCACCCUGCGCACCGCCGCCUGGAUCAUCUAUGGAUUCGUACAGGGUCUGGUCUGCACUGGCCUCUGGAUUCUGGGUCACGAAGGUGGACACGGCUCGUUCUCGCAGAACAAGCUGCUUAACGACGUGGUUGGCUUCUUCUGCCACUCGGCCCUGAUGGUGCCCUAUUUCUCGUGGAAAUUCUCCCACCACCGCCACCACAUGUACACUGGCCACAUGGAGAAGGACAUGGUCUUUGUGCCCCGCACAAAGGAGGAAUACAAGCAGAAGAAGGAGGCCACUCACUCCAGCCUUGAGUACCUGGAGGACACCCCCAUCUACCAGUUCGCCACCCUGGUCUUCCACCAGCUCUUUGGCUGGAUGGGCUAUCUCAUCUUCAACAUCUCCGCCGGCAAGAACUCGACGCAGAGCAAUGGCGUCAGCAAGAGCCACUUUGACCCCUCUUCGAUUGUGUUCCGUCGCAGCGAGGCUCCCUUCAUUCUGCUCUCCGACAUUGGUCUCAUGACCACUGCUUCCGCACUCUACUACCUCUCGACAUACGUUGGCACCAGCACCGUCCUCCUGGCGUACUUGCAGCCAUAUGUCUGGGUGCACCACUGGCUGGUGGCCAUCACCUAUCUACACCACACCCACGUCGAUGUCCCCCACUUUGACGCCGAGAACUGGACCUUUGUCAAGGGCGCCAGUGCCACUGUUGAUCGCGAGUUUGGCUGGGUCGGCAAGCACCUUUUCCACGGUAUCAUUGAGUUCCACGUGGUUCACCACCUUUUCCCUCGCAUCCCCUUCUACUACGCUGAGGAGGCCACCGAGGCCAUCAAGCCCAUCCUUGGCGACCUGUACCACCGCGAUGACCGCUCAUUCCUUGGUCAGCUUUGGUCGUGCUUCACGACCCUUCACUGCGUCGACUACGAUGAGAGCAAGUACGGUCGUGGCGCCAUGAAGUGGGUCACCAAGAAGACCGAGUAAGCAUGAUGAUUGUCUGGCGAAAAUCACGGCGUGCAUAGACAACGGCGUUUCCUGAAAUUUGCGCAAACGGGAUAGAUUUCAAUAGACAUAGACAACAGAUAGAAUGGUCGUCUGAGCACAGUCGUGUCAGACGAGCCCAGCAUCUUCGGUACUAUUAACAAGUUCAUUCAAACCCAAGUUAAAUGGUCGAACAUUGACA